UUGUUUGAAUGAAUGAAGAAAGAGAGGGUAACGCUUACGCUGCUGAAAACCCUUGGAAGCUGCAGAAGACGAUUCCAUAAAACCCCCAACGUUGCCGUCACUCACCGCCAUCAAACAACAAUGGAGGAACAACAACUCCACUCCGAUCGAUACUCCUUCAAUCCAACGCUCAAAUGGAAUCCAGAGGUUCAUAACUACUUCGCCAAAGCUUAUGGCGCCGAUCGCUUCUCUCGCAUCUCCAUCGCUCUAACCCGUCCUUCUAGGUACUCUUGUAUUCGGGUUAACACGAUGAGGUCCACUACUGAUGCUGUUAUUGAGAAGCUACGGGCGAUUUUGAAGGAGUCUUCCUCAGGUUCUGGGGAUGUCUCUGAGAAUGGUGCUAAUGGGAACCUGGCAUUGGUGGAAAGCGAUGAUGGAGAUAGUAAUCCUUUAAGAGGGGAUUGUCUUGGUGCUGGUGCUGUUUCUAAGUGCCAGAUUCCUGGGAUGGAAUAUGUGGUGUUUGUUUGGGGUUCAGGGCCUCGUCACAUCAAUUAUGGUUAUGCACCUGAUUUGCCUCCUCCCAAGGAGGUCAUCGUUAGUAGGAAGUGUGCCGAGGCUGUUCUUCGGGGUGCUCAGGCAUAUGUUCCUGGUGUAAUGGCUUGCAGUGCUCAUGUUGAGAAAGGAGAUACUGUUGCAGUCUCAGUUGCUGUGGAGCAGAAGGGUGUGGAUGGGGGAUGGAGUAUUGGUAUGACACGUGGUACUGUUCUCCAAGGAUCACAAGCAGAUCCAUAUUAUUUUGAACGGAAUGGGCUUUAUAUUGGCCAAGGAACAGCAAUGAUGUCAAGGGCUGGACUGUUUCGGGUUCCUGAAGGAGUUGGUGUGGAGAUGAAGAACAGAGUAUAUGAACUUCAUUCUUUUCAUAAUGUUCUUGAAGGAGAAAUAUUUCUUCAAAACCUGCCAAGUAUUGUUGCUGCACAUGCUCUAGAUCCACAAAAGGGUGAGAGGAUACUAGACAUGUGUGCUGCACCUGGAGGGAAAACAACCGCAAUUGCAAUACUUAUGAAGGAUGAAGGAGAGAUCAUCGCAACUGAUAGAUCUCAUAACAAGGUGCUGGAUAUUCAGAAAAGGGCAAAUGAAAUGGGCUUGAGUUGUAUAAAGACAUUUAAAUUGGAUGCUCUUAAAUCUGUUAGUCGAGGAAACCAUACUAACGCUUCUAUUGGUCCAAGCUCUUGUGAUGCCAAUAAUGGUAUGGCAAAUAAAGUGUCUGAUUCAUCAAAUGUGCAAGGAGAAGGAAUCUUGUCUAUUAUUGAAGAUAGGUUAAAAACCGAGGUCAUGGAGGAAAAUGGUAAUGGUGAAAAGGCUAAUGGAAAAGUUUAUUUGAGCAAAGCUGACAUCCGGAAGAGUAUGCGAAGAGCACGAAAUGGACCUGGAAGAAAUCAGAGCUUAGGUGGCAGGGUUGAUGGUUCAAAAGGUUUCUCUCCUAAUAGUUUUGAUAGAGUUCUUCUGGAUGCUCCCUGUUCUGCCCUUGGUUUAAGGCCUCGGUUAUUUGCUGGAGAGGAAACAGUUGAAUCUUUAAGAAACCAUGGAAAAUACCAGAGAAGGAUGUUUGACCAGGCUGUUCAAUUGGCUCGACCAGGUGGAGUAAUUGUCUAUUCAACUUGUACAAUUAAUCCCGGUGAGAAUGAAGCUUUAGUUCGGUAUGCUUUGGAUAAAUACAAAUACUUGUCAUUGGCACCACAGCACCCAAGACUAGGAGGACCUGGACUAGUUGGUAGUUGUGAAUUUCCCGACGGAUACUUGGAGGAGUGGUUACGACCUGGAGAGGAAAACCUAGUUCAGAGGUUUGAUCCAUCAUCCCCACUUGAUACAAUUGGAUUUUUCAUAGCCAAAUUUGUUGUUGGGUCUAAAGAUGGUUAGCCAGAAUCUAUGUUUAGUUCACUUUUGCGCUUUGCGGUUUGACUUCGAGGAUUCGAGCAAAGCUUUCAAAGACUGGCUUGUGACUCGUGAGUUGUGACGACAAUCAGGAGAACGAAGUGAUAUUAUGAAUUCCCUUGCACUUUAGUCAAAUGGAACAAAGGUUAUACCUUAUAGAAGAAAAUUAAAGGGGGAAAAAUUGCCGGGGUUAAGAGUCUA